AUGCCUCGCAUUUUCCAGCAUUUUGUCCGGCAUCUCCAAAGAAGUGCCAUACCGAAAACUCCACUGAGACACAGGAUAUCACUUGUCAGAGCUGGUCUUCAGGUAGGUAGCACUGCCAGUGGCGCUGUACUUGCAUUUCGAAGACCAGGUGACCCUUUAUUCAUGGUUACUCUUGAGAAUGAGGAGUCAGUGGACACUGCCGUUGCAGCAGUUUUCGAAGACUUUUCAGACGGAUCUGCAAGUUGGGUCAGUCCUGGCCAUGUUCAGCGAAUGGUGCAAGCCACUGAAGGAAAUGUUGACCUUGCCAUACAAAAGCUCAAAGAAGCAGUGGCAUGGAAGCGAGAUACGCUGGAUGGUUGGUUAAGCCAACAAGCCAAAGACCUGCCCACGGCAGAAACGCGAGUUAUAGCCAUUGGUCAGGACUCCAGGCCCCUCGUUUACUCUGGCUGCGUCAAUCAGCGGAAGGGCGAGGUUGCGGCCGUGAUCUUGGCCUGCGUUUGGCAUCAGGCUUUGGAAAAAGCUGGCCCAAUGACCCAGUUGGACUAUGUGCUUGAUGCGCACGGCUAUCAGCCUUUGUUAAACCUCAACAUGAUGCCGUACUUGAGACUGGCGCGCAGCCUCAAUUCAUACUUUGCUGAGCGGUUUCAUAGGAUCAUAGUGUUGGACAUGCCAACGGUUCUAUCUGUGCUCGUGAAGGCCAUCGUGCCCCUGCUGCCACCAAAGACGCGGCAGAAGCUGUUUUUCGUGCGUCGGGAUGAUCCUGAUUCCCUGAACGCGCUAUACGAACUCUGCACUGACCAGGAGAUGAAAGAGAUGAUGGAAAAGCUUUUGGCUGCGAACGGGGAGGCAACUUCGAGCAGCGGCCGCGAAGCGACUCGUGAAUUGACCAAUCGUUUUCUCGCUUUGCAAGAGGCAAAGCAUCAGAACGGGGUAGAGUAA